AGUUACUCCUUAUUUGAUUGAGAAGAAGGCUCAUCAUCAUGAGAAGGUUGGACAUUUUGAGUGAGAGAGCAACCAAGCGAGAGUAACGUACAUAGCGCCCACUCUCUCUCUCUCUCUCUCUGCGUUUUCCAUUUUCACUUUCAACUUCAACACCCAAACAAAACCCUAAUUCAUUCUCAUUACUACUAUUACCUACCCCUUUUUUUUUUUUCCAUUUCCCUCUUCAAAUAUUUAGGGUUUCAAUUUAGGGUUUUCAUGUUCUGUGAAUCCCAAGUUUUCAUGUCUUUUCAAUGGAUAUUUUCUCUUCCUUUUCCCAACCUUUCCUCCUCGCCGUUACUGUAACUUCCCUCUGUUUCUUCAUCGCUCUCUUCUCGUUCAGAAGAUUCACACCGUCACGCAAACAACACUGCAACUGCGCCUCUUCCAAUUCCGACGCUGUUGCUGUGCCCUACUUGAACGGCGGUGUUUCUGAAAUGAUGGAGAUCAGUCAGACUCCGGCGCCGGUUGUGUUGGCUGAUCGUCGUACUGGUUCUUCCAUGAUGGAGGAACUUGUUCCGGAGAUUACAACGCACGCGCUUAGUUACUUGGAUUAUCCUAGUUUGUGUCGUCUUUCAAUGACCAAUUCUUUGAUGCGAAAAGCUGCCAACGAUGAUAAUGCCUGGAAAGCACUCUAUCACAAGGACUUCACUUUGGAACAAGUCAGCGUUACACCAAGCAAUGGGUGGAAGGCUUACUAUGCAGCCACAAGAGCGAUUGUGAUUGUUAAUACAGAAUUCUUCAAUAUUGUUAGAGAUAAGUCCAUUCAGGCAAUGAGACGUUUUUGGCUAAAUGCAGAUUAUGUGAAGUGCAUCCAUGCCACAGGAGAACUUUUUUCGGGGUAUAAUUCAGUAAUGCAGAGCUGGCAACUCAUAUUCAACUGGGAGCAAGGAUUGAACUUUCAGGUUCGGGAUGUACGUGCUCGGGUCUUGACAGACAUGGCUUGGGUUACCAUGAGAACAUCUGUUGACAUUGAUGCAGGGCCGUUCAAUGUGACCAAUGUCUUUGAGUUCCAUAGUGGACAGUGGUAUAUGGUUCAUCAUCACAUUUCUGUGAUGACUGGGGAUUUGGAGUAACAAAAUAUGCAGGGGUAAUAGUAAGAGAUGAUAUUUAUUGUGUCUGAUACUGGUUACAGAAGGGGUUUAUUUGCAGAAGCAAGAUGCUUGAAAUUUUCAUAAUUGGAAGAUCCUUUUAUUUUUGAAGUUUUGAAUCUCAGUUUUAUUUUCAUAUACUCUGUAUAUAAUACAGGAAAUUGCAGUGGGGCCAGGAAAGAGUUUUUUUGUUUGUUUGUUUGACUUCCGAGCCAGAAAAGAGUUAUAAUUAGAGUAAGUGGAUUAAAGUAAAUACAAAAGAUGGAUGAAAAAGAUUACAUGUGA